AUGGCUUAUUAUAAGCAUUAUGGAAAACAAAGUUUUCCAGUUAUGACACAAAGGAGUAAAAGAAAGAAGGAUGAGACUAUCAAAUAUGUUACUCUAGAAUGUGCUCGUGGUGGUAAGGCAUGGAAUAAGACGUCAAAUGUUUCGAAGCCUUGGCCAACAAGCAAGAUAGACUGCAGGGCAAGGAUGAAUGUGAUGUUCAAGAAUGAGAAGUUAUGUAUCACAUUAGUUUUUAAUACACACAAUCAUGUAUUCAGUUCAAGAAAAGCAAGAUUUUUCAGAUGCAACAGAGAAGUUAAUAAGUCAGUUAGGAGGGUGUUUGAUACAAAUGAUCAGGUUGGCAUACAGAUGAAUAAGAGCUUCCAAGCUCUUGUAACUGAGGCAGUUGGAUUUGAGAGUGUACCAUUUGGGGAAAAAUAUUGUCGUAACUAUAUUGAUAAGGCACGACUCUUGCGUCUUGGUAAACAUGGUGCUCAAGCACUGUUGGAAUAUUUUAGAAGGAUGCAAUACAAGAAUGGUGAUUUUUUCGACAUCAUGGAGGUGGAUGAUGAGGAUAGGAUGAGAAAUGUGUUUUGGGCGGAUGCCCGUAGUAGAGAGGCCUAUAACUAUUUUGGAGAUGUGGUAACAUUCGAUACCACAUACUUGAUAAAUAGGUAUGGCAUGCCAUUUGCACCUUUCGUGGGUGUAAACCACCAUAGACAAUCAAUUCUUUUGAGUGCAAGCCUUAUUCCAAGUGAGGAUACAAAAUCAUUUGUAUGGUUAUUUAAAAGUUGGCUUGAUUGCAUAUAUAGAAAAGCGCAAAAUGCUAUUAUUACAGAUCAAGAUCGCGCAAUGAAAAAUGUGAUCACCAUUAUUUUCCCAACACGCGAUAUAGAUAUUUCUUGUGGCACAUAUUGA